AUGUCAGACGAUUACCAAGUACCUACCUCCGUCCCAGCGACAAACCCCACCCAAGCCCCCAAUCCAUAUGGCGCAUCCGGAGUUUUGGGCGAUGGUCCUGCGAUCAAGUACUUGUGCGGCGAUUGUAAUGCGAGUGUUAUGUUGAAAAGAGGUGAUCCGAUUAGAUGUAAAGAGUGCGGUCAUCGUGUUUUGUACAAGGAGAGAACUUCUAGAAUGGUUCAAUUCGAGGCAAGAUGAUUGGGAUAAUGUGCGGAAUGGAUGGGGAAAUUAGGAGCAAACGAGAAUAUGUUAUGGAACAUGUGAGGAUAGAGAGAUACGAG